AUGCUGAGCUUCCUGCGCAGGACCUUUGGCCGGCGGUCGAUGCAGCGCUACGGGCGGGGAGCAGCAGGGCGCGCAGCCGGCAGGCUGGGGGACGAGCGGGACGGGGGGCCCCGGGGGGCCACCUCGGCUCCCCUGCCUGCAGCCCCCGGGGGUAGCAUUUUCCCCCCCGGCGGCGGGCCCGUGCUCACCGGUGGAGCCGCCGUCCACAUCCCUGCGGCCGGAGCUGGCAAGGCGGCUCUCUACUGCCGGGUCUUCCUGCUCGAUGGGACCGAAGUGAGCGUGGACCUGCCGAAACAUGCCAAAGGCCAGGAUUUGUUUGAUCAGAUUGUAUAUCAUUUGGACCUUGUGGAAACAGACUACUUUGGCCUCCAGUUCCUAGAUUCUUCCCAGGUCACACACUGGCUGGACCAUUCAAAACCUAUUAAAAAGCAAAUGAAAAUUGGAUCUGCUUAUGUUUUGCACUUUCGAAUUAAAUACUAUUCUUCAGAACCGAACAACCUUCGAGAAGAGUUUACAAGGUACCUGUUUGUAUUACAACUCAGGCAUGACAUUCUUUCAGGAAAAUUGAAAUGCCCUUAUGAGACUGCUGUGGAACUAGCUGCCUUGUGUCUUCAAGCAGAACUUGGGGAGUGUGAACUUCCGGAACACACGCCUGAACUAGUGUCUGAGUUCCGAUUUAUUCCAAAUCAGACUGAGGCAAUGGAGUUUGAUAUCUUCCAAAAAUGGAAAGAGUGCAGGGGCAAAAGUCCUGCACAAGCUGAACUUUCCUAUCUGAACAAAGCAAAGUGGUUAGAAAUGUAUGGAGUAGACAUGCAUGUGGUUAAGGGAAGAGAUGGCUGUGAAUAUGCUCUUGGUCUAACACCAACAGGGAUUUUAAUCUUUGAAGGAGCUAACAAAAUAGGUUUAUUCUUUUGGCCCAAAAUCACUAAAAUGGAUUUUAAAAAGAGCAAAUUAACUCUUGUUGUCGUAGAAGACGAUGAUCAGGGGCGAGAGCAAGAGCACACAUUUGUUUUCCGAUUAGAUAGCUCCAGGACCUGCAAGCACCUCUGGAAGUGUGCCGUUGAGCAUCAUGCCUUCUUCAGAUUGAGGACACCAGCAAAUAAUAAAUCAAACCGAUCAGACUUCAUCAGGCUAGGAUCUCGAUUUAGGUUCAGUGGGAGAACAGAGUAUCAAGCCACUCAUGGUGCCCGAUUACGAAGAACCAGUACUUUUGAGAGAAGACCUAGUAAACGAUAUCCAUCCCGGAGACAUUCAACUUUUAAAGCAAACAACCCAGUGAAAGCAGCCCAGCUUUGCUCCAAAAAUAAUCCAGAAGUUCACAAUUACCAGAUGCAAUACCAUCCUAAUAUACAUCCAGGACAACCACAAUGGCAUCCUCAUUCUCCAAAUGUAAGUUAUCCUUUGCCCUCACCAGUGCUCAACAAUUCUAACCUGCUGCUAUUCAACAUCGAAGAAAAUGGGGGAACCCCAUUUACCACCAAAGCUCCAGGAAGACAUCACCACCAGCACCAACACCAACACCAACACCAACACCACUCCAAUUAUGGAAUACCAGUUCCUCUUGAGAGCAAAGAUAUGUCUCCUGGGAUCCCAACGCCCAGUAGUAAAAGUCUGAAGAAACUGAGCCCAGGACAUCCCAUUCUUUACAAUGAAGCUGCUGCCCAUCUGAAGAAGAUGGAAAUGGAAACCUCAAAGGUGGCUUCCCCAUGGCCUGCUCUUCACAUUAACAUAAACAAGGUAGAAGAAAAGAAAGUUCCUGAAAAAAGUCUUCAGUUCCCACUUCUACCUUUGCCAGUUCCUGAUCAACUAAAAUGCAACAUUCUAAAAGCCCAAAUAGAAACAGCUUCCAAAGCAAGUACCCAGGUUGUGAAGGAGGAGCCAGAUUUUGCUAAUGUCAAUAAGAAAUCCACUCUUCAGGACCCUAAUGUAAGAAGUCCUGUUCCUUCUAUAAAAGUAGAAGCUACACCAACAGCUACAGAAAAGCAAGAGAAGCAAGAAAUUAAGCCCCCGCGAGUGAGAAAAUUAACAAGACAAUACAGUUUUAACCACAGUGAUGAAGAUGACCUUCCUCCAGCCCUGGCUGCUGCCAUGGCAGUAACAGUAUCAGGACCACCAGCAUCUCCAGCAUCCCAGAAAAUCAGCACACCUCAGAAGUCGGAAGGGCAAACCCAGCUAUCACCCCGUACGAAGAGUCCCUCUGACACAGGAGAUGUGUUUACCUUGGGACCAGGUGACCUUUUGAUGGAUUUCACAGAAGCCACACCAAUGAUAAAGACAUUCCCUGCUGAUACAUCUAAUCCAUUUCUUGAUCCUUUCACAACAGCACCACAGCUAAUUGCAGACUUUGGAGAAAGCAAAUUACAGUGUAAGGCUGGGCAGUCAUCCCCACUGACUCCAAAAGCCACUAUGAGGCCUUUGGCAGAAACAGUCUCAACAGUGCAAACGAUAUUUGCCCGAAAGCCUAUUUCUCUGCCAGACAGUGCUGAGACGCUACGGCAGGAACUAGAGAGAGAAAAAAUGAUGAAAAGACUGUUGAUGACUGAACUCUGA